UUACGAAACUACGUGGAUUCAAAGUAAUGAGGACCUUUGAAAGUUUUAUUAUAUUCUCACGGACAACACAGUGAAAAGGUUACUGGGAAACGUUACGAAGUCGUUUGAACUGUGUUAAUUAAAGUGUUUGGAUAUUAGGUUUUACCGCUUGAAAUACAUUAAGAUCAUUAAGUUAAGUCGCUACUGCAUCCUAUUCAAAUAAUAGAGUCUAGUGUCCUAUAUAUAUCCACUUCUCAGCGCGUUUUCACAAAUAUUUUCCUUACUUUAUUUCUUGUAAAUCUAUUGUCAAGCGCAUUUAACUGAUUUACUCCCAACUUCAUAUUGAUGAUGUGUUGCACGUUGCAAAGUUUCUUUUCUUGGAUAACUUGCUUGUCUUUCAUGUUAUAGCAUCCCGAGACAUUUGAUUUGUUCGUAGAUCAUGUCUGAUAACGAUGAAACUAUCGGUCCUUUGCCGACCGAAAAUGCCAACGAGGUCGAUUAUAAUGAUCAAAACGAACUUAGAGACGAUACAGUUGGUCCUUUACCAUCUGAAAUGAUGCAGUCUCAGGAAGAUGUUAGUGAAAACGGUGAUUCUGUACCAGUUCCUAAAAAGAAACGUAAAGUCCUUAAAGAUGAAGCAAUUUACCUACGUAAUAUCCCAGUAGCUCAAUACUAUGAAAUAAGUUAUAUGCAUAGAAAUGUGAUAACACAUGUUGCCUACUCAAAAACUCACUAUUUGAUGACGUGUAGCAAUGAUGGUCAUCUUAAAUUUUGGCGAAAAGCUGAUGGUGUUGGACUAGAGUUUAUCAAACACUACCGAGCACAUUUAGGAGCUAUUCUUGGCUUGUCAGUUAGCUGUGAUGGUGAAUUAGCCUGUACUGUUGGUGAUGAUAAAACUGCCAAGGUUUUUGAUGUUAUUAAUUUCGAUAUGAUCAGUAUGAUGAAAUUAGAUUUUUCACCUAGUGGGUGUUGUUUCAUUUAUACUCCAAAGGAUGAGGUCACUGCAGUUGCAAUAUCCGAUCAGGAUAGUUCUAAAAUUCGAAUAUUCGAUGCACGUAGCAAAGGUGAAUUAUUACAUACAAUCGAAAAAUUACAUGAAGCGCCUAUAGUUUGUUUAGCGUUUAAUCCUGUAUAUGGAUGUGCACUAAGCGCUGAUUCCGACGGUAUGCUAGAAUGUUGGUCUGGUCCAAAGAAUAAUUACAGUUUCCCACAGACACUUAAAUGGGAAUAUAAAUCAGAUACAGAUUUUUAUUGCUUAAUAGCUGAAAAAACCUUUGCAUUCAGUGUUGUGUUCUCUCCAUCUGGUGAGAUUUUAGCAGUUCUUGGAGCAGAUAGAAAAAUUCGAUUAUUUCGCUUUUCUACUGGGAAAUUAAUUCGUGUUUAUGAUGAAAGCCUUCAACAAUAUUCUAAUUUACAACAGACUAAACAAUUGCUACCUAGUAUGGAAUUUGGUCGCCGUUUGGCACAGGAAAAAGAGCUUGAUCGUUCAGAAUUUAAGCAUAGUUGUAACUUAGUUAUCAAUCAUUCAUUAUUAAACAGUAAUUAA